GUUAUUUUUAGCUGCUUUUUCUCUCUAAAGAACGUGCAUUGCAGUAUUUCUCGUACAUAAAUAUGCACAAAACAUUGUGUUUUUGCGAUUUGUCAUCUCAUUUGACUCGUAACUUUUAAUUUGAACAAAUAUUAUUGUUCUUGACGGUGCGAAAUAUUCAAAUUUUCUUAAUUUGUUUGUGUUACGUAAUAAUUUAGAAAUUGUGUCUUUUGUAAUACCAAAUUGCGCGUGGGUGUCGUCGUCCAUAAGUUUACUUUAGUGCAAGUCAAGGUCAACCCUGUUGUUGCAUAAUAGAUAUUUGUAGUGAACAUUAAUUAAACUCGUUUAACUACUAUUAGCAUUUGCAUAUUUAUGUAUACGCUCUGAUCAAACAUUAGAAAAACUGUGUCGUCGUGAUGGCAGAAGACAUCGAACGGAAUAUAAAAGUUGCCCAGUUUAAAAAAAGUUUAAAACAGUUGGGUGUCCGAUUCCUGAUAUUGUUUUUGCUUUGUGCUCUCGGAGGAUUCAUUUUCAGGUGGGCCGAAGGGACACGAGAGCUAGAGUACAAAUGUGGCGUAAAAAAGGUUCGUCGCGAUUUCAUCGAUACGUUAUGGUCCGGGUCCAGAUUUAUGGAUGAGGACGGCUGGAAAUCCGUGGCAAGACGACGCCUCCUAAAAUUCGAGGAUGAACUUCGUCACGCAUAUGAAGAAGGGAUGGAUGCCGAUUCUGGUUCGAAAACGUGGAAUUUCGCGAAUGCCGUGUUCUAUUCGAUGACACUAAUGACCACGAUCGGAUAUGGGCACAUUUCACCGAUAACUUUCACCGGAAAACUUUUCACCGUGAUCUACUCCUUGAUUGGAAUUCCUAUUUUCUCCAUUAUCAUGAUCGACGCGGGAAAAGUGCUCACCCUCGCGCUAAAGUUGCACCUCACCAAGGACCCCGCGAAAAGAAAGGACUACUCGGUCGAUGAGGAGUUCAACUUUGGGAUAAAAGUUGGGCUGACAAUUCUGAUCUGCUACGCACUCGUGGGAGCCGUGUUUUUCAUCUUUGUCGAACAGGAGUGGGGUCUCUUUGGAUCCUUGUACUUUAUUUUUGUCACAUUUUCCACCGUCGGCUUGGGAGACUUGGUUCCUGCGAACCCCGUCAUAGCUGUCUUGACAUCGAUCUACUUUCUCUUCGGGUUGGCUCUGACCUCACUCGUGAUUGGCCUGAUUCAAGAACAAUUGGAAGGCCCCUUAAACACAGCGGCCAGAAGGACUGCAUUUCUACUUGGACUUUCUCCACCGGCAGCGAGUCCAGAACCUGUGCAAGAUGAUAAAAAGACGGACUAAAAAUACUCAAAUAUAAGGUGAAAGUAACUGAAAUGAAUUUAUUUCAAGUAUACAAAUUACACCAGAAUUAUCUUAGAAUAACAAAAAAUAUUAUUGAGGACAAUAAAAAUACACUGAUUUUUUGUAAAAACAAC